AUGGCUACUAUCACUUCGGAGCUUAAGCGUUUUCUUGAGUCGUGGUGCGCACCAGCCUCAAAGGCUCGUUUCGGCCACAUUCAGAUACCCCCCUAUCGCAUAGGGGGUCUACUUGAAACGAUGCGUCAACACUUCCAGACUUCCAAGUCCCACAUGCCUUUCUUUGUCAUCCCGGAUGGAGAAAUGAAGAUCGGAGCUGGUCUCAACUCUGAGAAUGACGAGUUUCCUUCAGAACUCUUGUCGUUCUCUAAGCUUUUGAGCGUGCUUAGACACAACCGAUCUCCUUCAGAUGAUGAUGAUGAUGAUGAUUGGAAGGUGGGCCAUGGAGUUGAGGAUUGGAAGGCUGUUGAAGUACUUCCACGAAGGAGUAUCUUCGUACUCCAGCUUGACCCUGCUGUGUCUGCAGAUUGUGCUCUGGCCUUGAUUGGUCUGGUGAACUGGACGCUAUGGGUGAAUGCACUUCACCUUGAUAACCGUGUGCAGCUAUUGACGAUCUCGGCUGAGAAGGAAAGCAAUUUCCUCUCGAAACUGGUAUCUGUCGCAGCUCCCGGGACUCAAGUCUUGGGUCUUGACUUGUCCGUUCACGGCGAGCAAGAUCCUGAAACAGGCGCUAUUAUCUACAGUACCAUGGAUACUGCUGAAAAAGCUGCCAAGAUUGUGGCCAGUAUUCGCAACCACCCGGAGACGUCUCGCGUCAUUGUGACCUUUGAUAAGGGUUUUUAUCGCGCAUUACGGACUGGGUUAGGAGACGGAUCUGGCUUCGCAGAUGAGAUACAUUGCUCGAAUGGUGAUGUUUCCAAUCUGACCAAGUUGAGAACUGGUGAGGUAGCUGAUAGCAAGACUGUCGUGAUCAUGAUUGAUGGUGAGCUCCCUAUCUUGCCAUUGGAGCUACCUUCUUUCGAUGAACUUUAUCUUGUUCUCUCUGAUGGCGAGUUCACGGGGCCACCAGUCUGGGACUGUACUGCGGCUCAGAUAGUCAUGCAACCUCAAAACCCAUCUCGUGAUGACCGUCGCCUUCAGCUUUGGUGGGGCCGACAGCCAUCAAUAGAGAAUCGUCACAUUUUUGCGACAGGCAAAGGAGUCCCAGCUUUCUUGGACGACUCAUUCACUCGUGAACGCCUCGUGGAGAACAGUCAGCUUGGCGGCUUUAUUGCUGCUGUCUUUGACAUGGGCUCUUGGGGCGUCGACACAGAUGCAGCCAUUGCGUGCUUUGUCCGCUUUUCCCGCCAAGUCGAGGAGAUGUGUGGGAGACUUACUGUCCAAGGUGUCAUAACCAGUCAGGGUCCCCCCAAGGACGAGUCAAACAAACCCUCGCCUGCCCUUGCCUUAUCAGAGGAAGAGGCCAUUGUUUUCCGAGGGGUUCUGUCGCCUCUCGAUUACGACCAUCGCCUUGCUUUGCUGGUGGCCAUUGAAGCCGAACCUGGUGCCCGUAGUACCAAGGUGGAAAUUGCCGCUAUCCUCAAGCAUGGCAGUGGAAACCUCGUUGGACUCACACCCAGUAGUGGUAGAAGAGAACAAAGAAACCUUGAACGGAUGCUCCAAGGGUGCCAAGACGUCCGUCAGGAAUUGAGUUCAAACGGGUCGAUCUGGUUCACUCUUGGCCAAUUCAGACGCGCAAGGCUUAUGCACGACGACGACAGCGAUGAUCUCCAUAAUCUUGUGGAUAUCAACCGGUCGCUCGUGAUCAAUGUAGAUACCCUGAUUGAGGAUAUCAGCAGAGUGCUUCGCAGGGCUGGCAUCUAUCUUCGCAACCGCGAUACUGGCUCCAUGGCCAUGAGCCAAGAGGAGGAGCGUCAGGUUCAGAGAGAUCUCGCUCGAGCCUACAUCUACCAGUUGACCUUUUCGCGCUACCCUGGGCCUGGUCAAAGAAUCAAACAUAAGUUCAUAUCGACUAUGAAUGUUUGCAUUCUACCCACAGACCCCAACCGCGUGAGGUCUACCAUUGACUUUUACCGUCUUGUGUCUCAAGAUGAGGUCGCCCUUGGGAUCUGCCAUGAUCUUAGUUCUUCAGAAACUAAGGGUGAGAUCUUAUCCGAGGACUGGACCUGGAUCCCAGGGCAAGUUGUGGCCAAUUGGCUGCAUGAGAAUGCACCUGGUAGAGAAAUCUACCAGGUGCUAAACGCACACAUUCAGCAUUAG